GCUGCUCCGUCAUGCACUAGGUAGUGUGUGAUGUAAUUUCGCUGCAGAUAUAAAUAUCGUCGACAAGGGAAAAGUAGCAUGGCUGAGCGGGGCUGGAAUUGACGGUCCACAUUUUUCCAACUUUUUGUGUGAAAACAAAACAGCUUGAACACCAGUCUGAAGUGUAGUGUCUUGAGAGGAAACCCACUGAGCGCGACUUCAUGCCGCUCAUUAGGGUUGACCGUAGCUCUGUCCGUGAGUAAGCUGUUUUGUGCGUCUUUUUGGCUCAAAAAUAGAGAAAGACAGUAGUUUGGUGUCUUCAACUCUUUCAGACGCUCACGUACCGCUCAGAAGGAUGAGUGUCCAUUCGGCCCUAUUACCAAUAUUGGUCUUAGGACUUAUGACAAGCUCAGUGCGCUGCACUCCGCUGCCCGGUGGGCAAAACGGACCCGUGGAGCGACGCUGGGAGACCCUCUACUCGCGUUCUCUAGCCCGAAUCCCCGGGGAAAAAAGAGAUAUCAGCCGGGACAGUGAUUAUCUCACGGGCAUUAAAAGACUGAGACGUCUCUACUGCAAUGUUGGCAUUGGGUUUCAUCUCCAAGUAUUACCGGACGGUAGAAUUACCGGCGUGCACAACGAAAACCGUUACAGUCUUCUUGAGAUAUCUCCGGUGGAGAGGGGAGUUGUGACACUGUUUGGCGUCCGGAGCGGGCUAUUCGUGGCCAUGAACAGCAAAGGGAAGCUUUUCGGAUCUGUGCAGUUCACAGAUGAAUGCAAAUUCAAAGAAAAGCUCCUUGCAAAUAAUUACAACGCGUACGAAUCGCUGGCACAUCCCGGGAUGUACAUCGGACUAAGUAAGACUGGCAAAACAAAAAAAGGAAAUCGAGUAUCGACCUCCAUGACGGUGACACAUUUCUUGCCUAGAAUUUGAGCUCAUCUGAAGGGGAGGAACGACGAUGCACUUUCUACAAGAAGUUACAUGUGAGGUUAAGUGUAUCGUGUCAUGUAUGUAUAUAUUAGUCUAUUUAUAUCUGUUGAUUUUAUAUUCAUCACAACGUCCUCUUUCCGAGGUGGAAGACAACAAUUAAUUUAUUUGUUAUUUGUUAAUUUAUCCUCAUUGCUGCUACCACGUGUUCAUAUACAAGUGAAAUUCCUACAAUGUACAUUUUUUUGCACUGUUUGUGUUGUUCUAAAGCAACGGUUUUGGAGAGGUAGUCAGUGUAGACGCCAUAUAUAUUUUCUCGCGAAUGAAAACAAGGUCUCUAAUUUUCAAAACACAUGUUUUCCAGUCGGUUUGUGGAAAGAUACAUUUCAAUUUUGCGUCUGCUGAAGAUCAACACUGGGAAACCCUAUCCCUCGCGGCCUCGUUCUCCAUCGCGAAAAAUUAAAGAUGGCGUCUACGCUGACUAAGGUUCAUUUGUCCUUCGUUGGAAAGAAUAUGAAAGUCUUAGAUCAAGCCUCCAAUCGUUAAGGUGUAUCAGCCCCCAUAGUAUUAGCACUGGAGCAAUUGUCCAAUGUCUGAGCUCCUUUGUGCGGAGCUCGGAUCUAACUGAAGCAGUAUCGGCUUACUCUAGCUUACUGAAGUUCUACCCCUUCAAAUCUGUUUUUAGCUCUGCCGGGGGGGUUGAACUUUGAACUUAUCCGCAGUCAAUCUUUGUCACAUCUCUAAGGCUCUGGAUAGGGGAGAGAUAGCUUCUUUAACAUACAGACAUGAAUUUAAAAACUCAAAGGCAUUGCAAUGCAGAUACUGUACCCGGAGCCCCUUUAAAAAGACAUACUGUACAAUGCCAAGUUCAAGUCAGUCUUUGCAGGGCGUCUGUGGGGAAAUCAGUCAUGUUAAAGAUCUUUAAAGUAUUCGAAGAAAUGAUCAGAAACAGAAAUGACAGUGUUGUGUGUAAGUGAACGAAGAGUUAAUGUAAAAACAACGUCCACAGUGAGUUACGAGGAGGCAUAUUGCCCACUUUUUUUUGUCGUUUUCUACCUCAUGCAGUUUCCAACUGACAGUUUCCUACUUUGAAAAUCAGCUGACAUAGAAUGUUUAGUUCUAAGUUGCUCUUCUGAGUCUUCUGAGGCUACUGCUACUCUGUGAAGUUCUGGCGGCCAUUGCGUCCUAGUUGCGCCUUGUCACGUUUGAGCUAUCUUUACCCUGUGAUUUACUUUUAGAAAGGAUAAUCAUGUUGGAAAUAUUUGCAGACAGCUGUUAGACUAUACUAUAUGCUCAAGCAGUAACCCUAUAUUUUUCUUUAUAUAUUUUGUAAAUGUAAUAUGGUGCAAAACUGAGAAGCUGCUUUAAACCUGGUAUAUGAUGUUAGUAAAAUAAAUAUUAAGAUAUGAUGCAUUCAUGCAGGGAUAAACAAGCUUUCCAUCUUGGACCUUCAAAAGCAUAUAUUCGAGAGAUAUUAUCUUUAAAAAAGCAUUCCUUACGGCUGCAGGCCUGCAGGUACACUUAACUGAAAGGAACUAAAAAUGUACCUUAACUGAAAAUGGACGAAUAGUCCUUUUAAGAACGUGGUUAAAAAUGACAAUUUUGAAGCUAAACUGACCGAUUGACCUCAAAAGCACGAACACAUUCGCAUUGUUUUAUUUAGUGUAAUCUCAAAGCCGUGGUAUUUCAAACUGUUACGUGUCCAAAUUCGUUCUAUUUUUUUUCUUACAAAGCCCUGCCUGGAUGUGCACAUCAAUUAGUUUCAGUCGAUGACUCUGAGCUACCUGAGCUAAUGCUGGAGGAGGGAGGGGUUGUCCGUGUUUCUCUUUUACACAGCUGUGCCAAACCUCUUUCCAAAUGGACAUGAUUUGCAUCAGUGUGGAUGUUGUUUACAAUAGACCGAAUGGCCACUGAAGGCAAAUUGUUCCUUUGACCGUCAUUGCAAUGUAGAACUGACACAAAGCAUUGGUCUUGAUUUGUUUAACCAAAAAAAAUGCCAUAAUGAGCAGGCAUGACCUAGUAGCCUGCGAUUAGCGAGAACUGAACAUCGCACAAACCGUCACUCCAAUACAAUGUUUUUUGAUGUGUUUAUGAACAGGGAUACAUGCGGUGUAUUGAAAUAAACUAUAUCUUAUUUCUCUGUCAAUUCCCAUACGGCUUAUCCAUGAACCGCCAGUUGUGUUUGCAUCCAUGGCAGAGCUCUAGUAAAUGGGCCGACGUCUGAGUCCUGUAGUAGUGCGCUCUGAAUCCUGUUUUACCAAAUAUUGUCUGUAGUUUUAUACAGGUCUUGUUAAAUAUUGUGAUGUAUGUGCUGUGCACAUGAUG